AUGGAAUAUGAUGGGGAUGAAAUGGAGGCGAAGCGAGUAUCCCACAAGCGAAGCAACUUCGAAGACGAUGAGCUGACGGAAGAUGACUCUGAAAACAACGAAUUCGAUGACACCGAGGAAGAAGAAUGCCUGAGAGAAGAUGAAAGCGAAGAUUUGGAUUGCGAGCAGGACAUGGAAGAGCACGAGUACAAAAUUUCCGGUGACGCCCCACGAACCGUGAAGAUUCGACUUUUUUUGGCCGAUGGGCAACUUGGCGAGUUCAAAUGGAUGAAAAACUUUGUCGUCGAAUGCAGUUACGAUGGUGUCCCUGUCGCGACUGCUCUAGCCCGGUAUAUCCAUCGAGAAAGCAUACGAUCUGAAUUCUGGGAAGAGAUGGAAUUGCCCGAGGAGGAAACUUGCAAUGUGGCUUUCCAUGUUUUUGAUCGAUAUGGAACAGUCAAGACCAAGUAUAAGGACCAUCCUGUGCAAAGAGGAACUGGUGUAUGGGGAAGCGAACUUGAUCAUGGUCCUCUUUUCCUGAUUGAGAAAAUUCAUGUUACAGCCUUGGAUCUACGUCGUAAAGGACUGGGACGGGAAAUUGUGUCUUUGCUUUUGAGAAAAGCCAAGCAGUACUGCCUGGACGAUAAGCCAGACGGCAAAAACGUAGAUAUUUUCUACGGGUCCAAUGAGAUCUUUGAGCGAGCAUGGACUCUACAUGUUUUAGCCAGUCCUGGAUAUCUAACGGCUGAUAUUAAAUCGCAGUUGGUGGGCAAAUCCGCAGAAGAACGUUUGAUGACACAGACUCAAUAUCAACUCGCUGCUAUCGAAUUUUGGCGAUCGUGUGGUUUUCGCAGAAUCGGAGCGUCUCACUUUUUCGCAUUUUCGUUCGAUCUGCAGCAUCUGUCUCGCGCUCUUGCGGCAGAUUCUGAUUUUGACCCGCGCAGAAGCCAUGCUGAAGAUCUUGAGAACGAAGAGCUUAGACUUAUCUACGAAGAAGAUCAUUCUACUAAGGUAGAGGAGCUGAAAAUGGAGAGACUUCGUGACGCUUUGCCACUACAUCAUGCAGCUCUCACUCUGACGGACGAAGAACUGCAAGACUUUUUCGUCACUCAUGCUGACGAUAGAAUCGGUUGGGAUCAAGUGACUUACUCUGAAUCUACACUUCUGCAUCUAACAGCUUGCGCUCUCAAACCCCUGAGUACACAGUGGCUACUCGAAAAUAUUCACUACUCUGAUUCCUGGAAGGUGGCUCGCGAUAUUGACGGCUACACCCCGCUCGAAGCAUUGCAGGAGAAAUUAGAGGAAACGCGAACACGAGAGGAAUACGGCCUUUUCCGGAUCUUGAACGUAUCAGAUCACUUUAAAGGAAACCCCCAGACUGCAGUGCGCUGCCUCUCGUUGCUUUUGGGACAGGAUGGUUUGGGGCUAAAUGAAGCAUGCCUCCAAUACGGCUGUACAUGUGGAGAAUGUGUGGGGGGAUUUUUAUCCGCCCGAAUGAUGAGCGCUCUGCUCUUUCAGGCUGAGACUACGUAUGAUCUCAUGCAGAAUGACAUUGACGAUGGCGGCCUUUGGGUAAAAUUUAACGACUGGAAACUCGAGCACCUCGAUCCCGAUGUGCGACACAACCUCAAAACCAACAAAUCAAUUCGAAAAGGCUUUGUGAAUAUGUUCCAAAUUGCCGCCGAGUGUCUUGGGGCAAAACAAGUUCCUACCGCACAAAAUCUUGAGCGGUGGUGUAAUGAUCGAAGGGAGUGGCCACCAGACACCAAAAACUUCCUGCGACGCGCUGGGACGCAGAUGGGCUGUCGGGCAGCGCUUCGGCGCAUGUUCGACGCCGCUAAGGACGAGGAUGAGAAAGCAGGCAAUGGAGAGUUUCAACGCAUAUUGGGGAAGGAAUGGUCAGAUCUUCCAAUUUGCAGAAACGAUCAUGAGUUUGAAUUUGUUGCCAGGGCUUGUGGCUACGGUGGGAGUGAUUUUAUUUCGCGGCCAUGUUGUUGUAUCCAAUAG